AAAGAAAUAGCAAUAGUCAAUUCGUUUUUUAAAAUUUAUGUCAUCGAAUAUGUUACUCAUAAAAUAAAUCUUGCAUAUAAAAAUAAGUCUAUGCAAAUAGCCAAAAAAUGGAACAAUUACAAUCAAUCAAGUUUUUCGAUUCUCAAAAAAGUAUUUAAAAGUGCUGCAAGUUCCAAUGAAGAACAAUUAUUCAACAAAUUCAUAUUUUUCACUUACCGUGGCCAACUACAAAAGGCAAAGCAAUAGAAGCAGUAAACAGUGCGAAGUGAAAAAGACAAAUUAUCAUUAAAAAUUAUAUUUCUUAACUUAUGUACAUAUUUUUUACCCUGCUGUGAAAACAACAUAAUUAAACAAAUGAGUCUAUAUCAAUUUCCAAGAACCUUUUUCUAACAAAGUAAUUAGCUCUAAGCGUUGUGUUUUUUUUGUUUUAUUUAUUUUGGUACCUAUUUGGGAUUAGAGAGGGGCACUCCGCCCCCGAUUUUAGUAUAAUAGUGUUCCAAUAUAUGUUUUACCUUUUAUGGAAUUUACAUAAAGUGCAAUCAGUUGGUACUUAGUCGACAGUUAUUUGUUCCACUACCAUCGGUUAAUGUGGGCAUAUUUAAUUAGCUGGAUUCCGAAAUAAAAAUAGACAGCAUUUAACUAAAAACAAACAAACAAAAAGACAGGCAAUAACACCACACCACGGGAAAUGAGUUGGCUGCGUUCCAGCCCUUUGCGGCAAAGUCUAACACGAAAUGGGAGCAGUUCAUCUGCAACAACGGCCACAGCAUCGAUAUCCAGCAGCGGCGGCAAUAGUGGUGGAAACCAAUCCACAACAUCGCUUUCUAGCCUAAAUAAGCAGCGACCCAUCGACUCGGCAACAGACUGCGACCCAAGAGCGUGCUAUGAUAGUUUUUGCAAGCAUUGGCAGCAGGCCUACGAGAUAAUACAAAGGGCGGACAAUCAAAAAGCCCCUACACACGAUGAUGUCCUUGGGGUGGUUUCGCAUCUGGAUUAUAUGGUUACGCUUAUUCUGGUAGAACUGCAUCACUGCAAUAAAAUUUCGCUGCCAAGUGCUAACUCAAGUCCGCCAGCACCAUGUUUGGAGUUUUUGCUGAGUGAGAACCUCUUGGACAAACUAUAUGAAUGGGGUAUUAUAACGGGACGCUAUUCAAACGCUGUUCGUCUAGAGCAACUUAAACUCUAUGAACUGUUGGUCAGUCAUUCUAGACAUCAACUUCUAUGCCACGAACCGUUUUUGCGGCCACUUCUGAAAAUUCUUGACUCAAGCCAAGGGGAAAUUUUUCCACCGGAUCUUGAGAAAAGAUUGGUCAUUUUGUUGAACCAACUGUGUGUGGUUCUUAUGCAAAAUGUUCAUUUGUUGGAUUUGUUUUUCUUCUCUUCGGAACAGCACAAACAAGGGCAAUAUAGUACAAACUUUAUUAUUUUUUCACUUCUUAUACCGUAUGUACACAGAGAAGGUAGCCUCGGUCACCAGGCGCGAGAUGCACUGCUCCUGUGCAUGGCACUCUCCCAAAAGAACUCAAACAUAGGAACAUACAUUGCACAAUACUCGUCCAUGUGUCCAUUGUUGGUUACCGGCCUUGGAGGUCUUUACUCACGGCUGCCAAAUUCAAUAGAGAUCAAUACAAGCGACUGGCAUCGCAUCACACCUGACGACGUCACUGAAAUACCUGAACUAACGCUCUUUAUGAACGCCUUAGAAUUUUGCAAUGCCGUUGUUCAAGUAGCUCAUGAUUUGAUUAAAAACCAAUUAUUGGACUUUAUGUAUCAGGGGUUCAUUGUACCUGUAUUAGGGCCAGCGAUAUUGCAGACAUUCAAAGGCAAACAUUUGCAGACAAACGUCGAGUCACAAAUCUCAGCAAUGUCCUAUUUGGAUCUAAUCCUCCGGUCGGUGACGGAGCCGGGACUAUUGAGAGCUUUUGUUAAAUUUUUGUUAGAUGAUGAAAAAUUCGAUGGUCAACGUAUUAUAGACACACUUAUUGAUCGACUAAGUGCCAGUGAUUCAAAUUUAUGUAUGGUGGCAAUGUCGUUGUUUGAAACUCUCCUCAGUUUACACUGUGAAGACAUUAUGCUGGAAUUAUUACUAAAAUACUUACUGCCGGGAAAGCAUGUUCCAAUAUCAUAUCGUCACAAAAUCAACAAAAUCGAUCCAUACACAAACACUGCUGAUUUCUUCCUAGAUCUUACUCCCGAGGUUAUGAAGCGAGCCAGAGAAUUGAAGCAUAAGCCAAGUUCAGUUGAUGGAUCGGCGUCCAAUGAUUCACCGUCCCGCCAGUCGAUGAGCAAAACAAUAGGAGCAAAUUGGAAUUAUUAUAAUCUUCAUACGGGAGAUACCCUAUACUCAAACUAUCAUGCGUACUUGUUUGACGCACACUACAAAAUUGCACAAUCUCGAGUGGCCUGCAAUAGGUGGGCUAAUACGUAUAAGUACCAGAAGUGGCCGCCCAAGCAGAAAGCGAAUGGACAAACAAUUGAACGAAUCAAUGAUAUGGUUCGAAAUUUCUUCAGUGAAUUUAGUUGCAGUCCCUUGCAAUUUAUUGGCGAUUCAUCAAUUGCCUUGCUCGACAGUGACAAAAACAAAUACGACAGUUUACAAUCGAUUGGCGAGUCAAGUGGAUAUGAGUCUUUUAAGUGGCGACCCGAUGAGGAUCAUGAUGGUAGUGAAGUUGUUGCUGUUGCCUUAGAAGUGGAUUCUGAGAGCGAUGUAAAGGUGAAAGCUAGUUGGAGGUUGACAAGCCGGAGGGAUUUGGUAAUAACAGAUUUGGAUUUCUCAGAAGAUUUAUUCGCCCAAGGGACAGUAACAUUGGGUCCCUUUUUAAAUGCUGUAUGGGGGAAACUACAAACGUUUACGAGCAACACUCUGUAUGUUAAUCUACAUUUGACGGGACUUAUAACACGUUUGGCUCUAUAUCCCCUGCCACUUACACAAUCUGUUUUAUUGCGUCCCGAUAUUGUGACAACCUCUGAUACACCCUCUUUUCACCAAGUCUUACGUAUUCUUAAACAGCAAAUAGAUGCCGAAUUACCAGUUACGGAGGAUUCCCUUGAAAUAAUUGAUGUUGCACGAUCGUACCUGAUUGAUCGAGAAUACAGGUUAAUCAACGCUCGCAAAGUAAUCAGUGAUACUGGUUUAAAGAAUGGUCAGCGUAAUAGCUUACAGCCAACGUCGACUUUCGCUAACUUAUCAUCAUCAUCACCGGUCCAAGUGACACCUUCUUCAUCUUACGAUCCCUUUAGGCGAAGUGACAAUAAGCGAAAAAGCUUCACAACAUCGAUCUCUAGUAUUUUUGGUCGCAAACCAAAUGCUUCAUCUGGCUUAUCACAAAUAUACGCAUUCUUCACUGGUUCAACUUUCUCAAACGCUGCUCAAUCCCUAAGCUCUUCUACUCAUUCCAUAGCCUCUCAAUCCCAAUCUAAUUCAGUAUCCUCAAAUCAAAUGAACAGUAUUCCAAUGCGGGAGUCCACCCUGAAUAGCGGCUCAACAACCUCAAACACAGGAGGAGGAUCCAAUUCAAAUGCAACUGCAUCGAAUUCAUUAAUAUCAUCGCCAACUGGUGGAACUGUAGAACCAGCAUCACUCGAUUCGAUUUCUUCUAUGUCGUCAACUUUAGGUGCAAUUGCUAAUACAAGCGGCACGGAACGUACCAGAGAUCUUUCUCUUUGUGCUGUUCUCUUAGAUGAGUGGCUUAAAGAACUAUCCGCAAUAUCACAGGAGCAGUCUAUUGUUAUGAUCACCGAUAGUAAUCUGUGAUCUUUAAAAAACUGUCGGAAACGUUUUCCAAAUCAGUUGGACAGGGGAUAGCAUAGGAAUGAAUGUUAGGAGGUCAUGAUAUUUUAAUUUGCGUCCCAAAUUGUGGCAAUAUUUACAUCUUCUUUUUUGUUGACAAAAAAUAAUGAGUUCGAAUCGCACAUGUAUUUCAAAAAUGAUUUUAACAUAAAAUUAAAAAAGUUAUAUUUAUAAAAAGCUUAUGAAUGUAUUUAAGACAUUCAAAGGAUGAAGCCUAAUGAACAAUUGUAUCCGGUAUUAUAUAUAAAAUACUCUUAACAAACAAUUUCAAUAGAAAUUUAGAUAAUCUAUCAUCUGGACUGUACUGUUCUGCGAAUUUAGUAUCACAGAAUCCUUUUAUCUAUUAUUUAGAUAUCGCUGUUACUUGAUUUUUCGUACUAACAAUAAGCAUUAACUGCUCAGGAAAUACGAAUUUAUGGACAAAAGUUGAACAACUUUUUUAAUUUCUAGAAAGUGGCUUCUUCCUAUAAAAAUGUCAAAUUUUUUUAAACAUCAGACUUCUUCAAAACUGGGACUUGGAAAAUAUAUUAGGGCAGGAAUUUCGAUCACAAAUAUACUUCAAACUGGAAAAAACAACUUUCAAAUCAACUUGUUUAAAAUAAAUACAUUAAAACAUUUGAAUUUUCCAAUUUAUGAAUAAAUCUCUUACUAUUUAAGAUAACAGUAGUUCAUAAAUAAAAAGCAAUGAAAAAGUCUAGAGUACAAACCACAACAACUGAUAGUUUUGGCCUAAGAAGUUUGUUAACUAGUUUUAAAAGAACGCAUAAAGCAUGUUAAAUAAAUUAACCUAUUAUCCGUUAACUUUAACUAAGUAAAAAAAUUUAAUUUUUAAACAGUUUUACGCCCUUAUUAAAAAAUUAGAAUUAUUUAUCAACAAAUACAGUGAUAAAGUAACUUAUCUCUACAUGAGGUCCUUAAUCAGAUUUAAUUAAAAAAACAAUUCCUUUUUUAAAUUCUUGUACGAAAGAUUUUUGUCUCUAAAAGUAUAAAUGUUAUGUUAAUUAGAAAUACGUGUGCGAUCUUUUUUAAAUAUGUACAGUUUUAUUUUGUAUUUUAACGUUGUUACUCUUAGAGUAGUUUAAGGCCGAUUAAAUCUUAUCUUUUUAUUUGAACUUUAUGUAACUGGGUUCUAUAUAUAAAACAUGUUUUUUUUUGGUUUAACCGAUAUUUUACAUUUUAUCUGAUUCCUUAAUUUAUAACCCCCUGUUUAUAUCGUGUAAAUUUAAAGCAGAAAGCACUUGUAUAAAUUCUAUAGAUAAAUACAUAAAUGUAUUUUUUAAUUAACAAAAACUUUUAAAAACUUAAAAAAAAAAACAGAAAAGUAAAUAAGUUUUAAAAAGAACUUUUAAACUUACUACUAGUGCCUAUUUCGAGCUUGAAAUAUAUUUUGUAAAUUAGUAUAUGUAUUUUUUGAGUGGAUAGAUUUGAUAAGAAAUUAAGAAGGUUUAAACAAUUCGAGCGUUCAAGCUUAGAUCAAUUUAUUGUAAAUUUAUUUUCAAUUAAAUUAAAUUAUACUUUGUUGGCAUUAGUAUACAUUUUACUAUAUAUAUAAAUAUAUACAUAAAUACAUGUUGCAAAUUUUAGACGAUACAAUGAUUUUAUACAUGUUUACACCUAUUUACAAAGAAUCGAAAAUUAUAUUUGAUUUAUUAAUCUAUUUAAGAGAAAUGAUAUUGGAUGAAUAAAACUGAGAAAAAAAAACA